UUUUCUAUUAAAUAAUAUAAAAGUUGACGGAAAAAAAAAACUUGUAUCGAGAGCGAGACCGCUGGAAACUAACUAAGCCCUAAGAUUCUCAACUGCCGAUUCGUCAUUCCACCAUUGACACAAAUCUCAGAUCUUAUUUGGCGCUAAUGGAGUUUUCCUUACAAGACGACGACUUUGGCGGCGAUUUCUCCGCUUCUAACGCCACCAGAGCUGCUUCAGGCAGCAAAAGAAGUUUCGGUGAUCUUGAAGACGAUGAGGAUGACAUCUUCGGAUCCAAAAAGGUUCGUACGAAAGCUGAGGAAGCUGCCCCUGGUGUUGCAACUGGCAUGAUCCUGUCACUCCGUGAGAGUCUUCAGAACUGUAAAGAUGAUCUUGCUUCAUCUCAGGUUUUGCUGUUAAUGAUCUCUUUAUUUCUAUACUUUUACUUUUCACAAUAUCACUUCUUUUUUUUUGUAUCUAACGAUCAUCCUUAUGGUCAGAAUGAGCUUGAAUCAGCAAAAGCAGAGAUUCUCAAAUGGAAAUCAGCCUUUCAGAACGAGUCUUUCAUACCUGCUGGAAAAUCUCCUGAGCCUAGAUUUUUGAUUGACUACAUCCAAAAUCUGAAAUCUUCUGAGAGAUCUUUGAAAGAACAGUUGGAAAUUGCAAAGAGAAAAGAAGCUUCGUACAUUGUACAAUAUGCGAAACGGGAACAGGAAAUGGCAGAGUUGAAGUCUGCUGUUCGUGAUUUGAAAUCUCAGCUCAAGCCGGCGUCAAUGCAGGCGAGGAGGCUGUUACUGGAUCCAGCAAUUCAUGAAGAAUUUUCACGUUUGAAGAAUCUAGUUGAGGAAAAAGACAAGAAGGUCAAGGAACUACAGGAUAGUCUUACAGCAUUUACUUUUACCCCUCUGAGUUUAAAGGGCAAGAUGCUUAUGGAAAAGUGCAAAACCCUGCAAGAGGAAAACGAGGAGAUUGGACACCAAGCUGCUGAAGGAAAGAUUCAUGAACUAGCAAUGAAGCUAUCGAUGCAGAAGUCUCAGAACGCAGAACUUAGAAAGCAAUUUGAAGGACUGUACAAACACAUGGAAGAACUAACUAACGAUGUUGAAAGAUCAAACGAAACGGUGAUAAUACUGCAAGACAAAUUGGAAGAGAAAGACAAGGAGCUAGAGAGAGUAAAGAAAGGGAUGGAGGUUGUUGUGUCUGAUGUUGCUGAAAAGAAAGAUGAUGGUGAAGAUAAAGAUCCAAAAUACUCGGCUCUCCAAACGAUGUUCACUUCUAUACAAUCUGAGAGAUAAUUGCAAUUGUAUUCAUUCACGCUCUUAUAUUGUUCAAAGAGUUUUCUGAUAAAUGCAUGAAAACAUUAGUUUCCAUUAGGAGGCUUUCUACCCUUUAUUUUUCCGAUUUUUCAUUGAUAGCCCGAAGGCAAAUAAGAUGCACACAAUCCAGCCUUGCAAA